CUUCCAACGGCGUUCUCGUUCUCCAUCCAAAUCUCAAUCUUUCCAACCACAACGUUCUCGUUCCCCAUCCAGAUCUCAACCUUUCCAACCACGAGAUUCUCAUUUACCAUUCAUAUCUCAACCUUUCCAAUCACGAUACUCUCGUUUUCCAUCUAGAUCUCAACCUUUCCAAUCGCAAAGCUUUCAUUCCCUAUCUCGGCCUCAACCUUUCCUAUCCCGUUUUCAGCCACAUAGCCGCAAAAAAAUUGUAUUUGAAUCAGAAUAUGAACUUUUAAAAAUUGCAAAUAAAAUGCCUCAAUAUGAUGGCCUUAAAGGAUCAGAUGAUGAAAAACCUGAAGUUCUCACUCAACAAUUAAGAUUACUUUUUAAUU